AUGCGGUCAACACACAUCCUCUCCCUUGUGUGCCUCACGGCCGUCCUCACAAAUGGACACAUGACAAUGACCGAACCGAAACCCCUCCUCGACCCCAAGAACCCGAACACCAAGAAUGGAGACUACGACUACAGUGCCCCUCUCUCAAAAAGUGGCACCAACUUCCCCUGCAAGGGCCACCACAAAGUAAUGGGUACCCCGGAAGGAGCCCCCGUCGCCACUUGGGCAGCAGGUUCUAAACAAUCCUUCACCAUCGGUGGUGGGGCGUCUCACGGUGGUGGGAGUUGUCAAGCGGCGAUAUCCGAAGAUAGUGGUGGUUCCUGGCGGGUUAUGCAAUCAUAUGUCGGUGGUUGCCCAGCGGCCGGGCAAUCUUAUUCCUUCACCGUUCCCGCUGAAGCAAAGAGCGGAGUCGUGCUAUUCGCUUGGACUUGGUUCAAUAAGGUGGGGAACCGCGAGAUGUACAUGAACUGCGCAUCGAUCACUAUCACUGGCGGUACUGGUGCUGGGCUUAGCAGUUAUCCGGAGCUGUUUACAGCGAAUAUCGGUAACGGAUGCGCUACCGCAGAGGGCUCCGACGUUUUGUUCCCAAAUCCCGGAAGGAACGUUAUCAAUACUUCCGAUAAGACUGGCUCUCCAACUGGAAACUGUGCUGGAGGAGGUGGCAGUUCAUCUGGCUCUUCGGAUGGCUCUGGCUCUGGCUCUGGCUCUGGCUCUGGUUCCGGUUCUGGUUCCGGUUCUGGUUCCGGUUCUGGCUCCGGUUCUGGUUCCGGUUCUGGCUCCGGUUCUGGCUCUGGCUCCGGUUCUGGUUCCGGUUCUGGCUCCGGUUCUGGCUCUGGCUCCGGUUCUGGCUCCGGCUCUGGCUCUAGUGUCGACUUCGAAAUCAUUCGGUUCUUCCGGUACAGGUUCUUCGGGCUCUGGCUCUGGCUCUGGUUCGGGCUCUGGCUCUGGCUCUGGCUCUGGCUCUAG